CCCAUCGGUCAUCGUCUCUUUCCCUUCGCCACCUGCUUGGUCGGGUUCAGCAGCGCUCGUUCUCCUUAAGCUUCACUCUGUCGUAGCAGAAGGCCUACCCCACAUUCAUUCUCAGUCGCUUCCUUCGAAGCUCUUGUAGCUCUCUCUGUUCUCGAUCGUCUUGCCGUUGCAACCCUCAAAUCCCAAGCAAAAUGCGCUUCAGUGUCGUCCUCUCCGCCGCUGCGUUCGUUCUCGGAGCCUUCGCGGCUCCUCUGGAGUUCCGUCAGGAAACCGUCAGUAACGUCAAGUGCACUGACCCCAACACCACCCUUGACUUCCAUACGAGCAACGUCGCACUCCUGCAGAUAUGCGGUGGCAUCGCGGGCACGAUUGAGAAGUGCGAAGGCGCGCCGACGUCGACGGUCGGCCAAUCGGGAGACGUCAAGUUCACUAUCAACCCCGUCCAAUCGGGUGCGACGAUCAACAUUAGCAAAGGGCGAUGGGAACAGGGCAUCAAAGCGGCGUUCGCCGUCUGCGGCCAGAACAAGCCGUUUACUGCGACGUUCACAGGAGGAGCGAGCACGGGCGAUGUGAAUGUUACAUACGCUUCUGCGUAACGGCAUGAACGUAGUCGUGCGCUGUCUGUUUCCAUUACUUCGUCGAGGCCAACAACUUCGUGGGAUUGGCGUUGUGCGAUAAAUCGGAAAGCUUGCCUUGCACAUGAGUUCGUCAUCGCGUAUAACAUAGUAUGUCGCGGUCGGGAACGUCAUGCAGUUGUGAUGCACAAGGAAACUUCCUAGGAGGUUAAAGAAAGCAACACGACGGAGGUGAACAUUGUGUGUGCUAUUUAUAGGUCACCACGUGGCGUAUACAUACCUCCCUUCACGCAGUAUCCUUCCUCUACCUCCCCUUCCACUCGUCGUUUUGCUCAUCAUCAACAUAAAUCUAGUCUGAU